AGAAAAGACGAUCUUCUGACUUUCACAUUUAAUCCACAGUCUGCAAUCAUAAAAGCAUUAAACAGCCGUGAAAAGCAGGUAUUUUGGUGUUUUGCAGGUAACAGAACUUCUGCAAGAUUGCUAAAACAAAUGGUUUCAUGAAAGUGAAAUGGGGAACCAGUUGACAGGGAUAGCCCCUUCUCAGAUCCAACCAGUUGACCAAUACCUGACAGAUAUUCAGGAUUACCAGUAUGAAAACAGUUUGGGAAGUACGAGAUUUUUUAAGGUGGCUCGCGCCCGGACAAAGGAGGGUCUGGCUGUAGUGAAGGUGUUUGUUAUCCACGAUCCCUCCCUUCCUCUGACCUCUCACAGGAACAAACUAGAGGAUAUUCACAUCAGACUCCAAGGUAGCACCUCCAACUGUCUACCAUUCCAAAAGGCCAUUCAUUCAGACAAAGCGGCUUUGAUUUUCCGACAGUAUGUCAAAGACAGUCUUUAUGACAGAAUCAGCACUCGCCCAUUCCUUAACAGAAUAGAGAAGAAAUGGCUGGCCUUUCAGCUUUUAUGUGCUCUCAAUCAGUGUCAUAAAAUCAAAGUAUGUCAUGGUGAUAUAAAAGCAGAAAAUGUAAUGAUAACCAGCUGGAACUGGUUGCUCCUCACUGAUUUUGCCAGCUUUAAACCUACGUACCUACCAGAGGACAAUCCUUCCGAUUUUUCCUACUUUUUUGACACAUCAAGGAGAAGAUGUUGUUAUAUUGCACCUGAGCGAUUUGUAGAAAGUGGAUUAAAGAACCAAGAAGGUCAAGGCCAAACAAUUGAUUUGACCUCUGGAAAUGAGGUCAAAUCAGGUGAUCUCAUUCCACCUAUGGAUAUCUUUUCAGCAGGGUGUGUAAUAUGUGAGUUAUUUACUGAGGGCACCCCACCCUUUGACUUCUCCCAGCUGCUGGCUUACAGAAAUGGAGAAUACAGUCCUUGGAAAGUUCUAGAAAAAAUUGAUGACAACUAUAUUAGGGAUUUGGUACGUCACAUGAUCAAGAAAGACCCCACCCAUCGAUUGUCAGCUGAGGAGUAUAUGAUACAACAGAGAGGGAAAGCCUUCCCGGAGUAUUUCUACACAUUUCUCAAGAUUUACCUCCAACAGUUUGUGUCCACCCCAGUUCUCUCCCCUGAUGACAAAAUCAGCAGGAUAAAGAGGGAUUUUCCGAGAAUAGUAAAGAGCCUUUGUCCUCAAGAAGAGCGAUCUGAGGACAAUAUUGGUCUGGUCCUCAUCAUCUCUCUCAUUGGCUCAAGUUCCAGGAAACUUCACUUCUGUAACAGUAAACUGACAGCCCUACAGCUCCUAUUGGAUGUAUCAAAGCUGGUCACCACAGACAUCAUCCUGGACAGAAUUAUACCUUACAUGCUUAGUUUUGUCAAUGACCAGUUUCCUCAAGUAAGAGCGGAGGUCAUUCGAGUGGUCACUCAGUGCCUGGUGGACGUGGACUCAAUACCACGAAGUGAUGCCAAUGUGUUUCCAGAGUACAUUUUUCCAAACAUAACACACCUUACACAAGAUCCAGUAGUAAUGGUCAGAGCUGCUUAUGCAGAGAAUAUUGCCAAGCUAGCAGAAACGGCUUUAAGAGUGUUGGAGAUGACUCAGAGGAUGGAUCUGGAGGAGAAUGACAAUGAGGAAGCUGGGGAAGGCCUUCUGUAUCAGGCGAAUUAUGACAUCGAGCUGCUGUCUCUACAAGAAACUAUACAACAGAAGGUCGUGACACUGCUGAGUGAUCCGGACAACAGUGUCAAACAGACCCUACUGGAGAACGGAAUCACUAAGCUUUGUGUGUUCUUUGGCAGGCAGAAAGCCAAUGAUGUACUGCUGUCUCACAUGAUUACUUUCCUCAACGAUAAGACUGACUGGCAUCUCCGCGGCUCCUUCUUUGACAACAUUGUGGGUGUGGCCGCCUAUGUAGGGUGGCAGAGCUGCUCUAUACUGAAGCCACUUUUGGACCAGGGCCUUAGUGACCCAGAAGAAUUUGUUGUACACAAGACGUUAGGUGCUCUACAGGCUCUUACAGAAUUAGGUCUCAUUCAGAAAACCAUGCUUCAGGAGUUCUUACAUGAAGUGGUCCCUUUUCUGGCACACCCUGGAAUCUGGAUCCGCCAGGGAGCAGUAGGGUUUAUCUCGGCCUUGACGCGGACGUUUAACAUCGCAGACAUCCACUGUAAAGUCUUGCCUGCUCUACAGCCCUGUCUCAAUAAACCAAUUCUUCAAGUGGACAAAGAGAUUUUUCUGCUGAAUGCCCUACAGAACCCAAUCCCCCGCCCCGUCUUUGACUACAUCCUGAGGGUCAGUCAGCCGGACCGAGUGUUUGAUAUCCUGAGGGAGAAGCAGUAUAUGAGGUCCAUCAGCAGGCAGGGGCAUCGCAUCAUCUACUCCGAGUUAGACGAGACAAUGACUCAGGUUUUUAAAAAGCUGACUUCCUUUGGUAUGGAUGAAUCACAUGAAGAUAAACUUCUUGCCAUGAAAGAUUACAUUAUGAAAUUACACAGAUCUAGGGCAGGGUCUGUGGAGACUCAACAAGAGGCCGGGUAUUCCCAUGGUAGAUUCUGUAUUGUGGGCCCAGGUAAAGCAAUAACCAGGAGACAUGCUGAAUUUGAAACAGAAAGAUCCAAAAUCAACUUUGUCAGUGGAUCAUUUUCCAGUCGUUCUUCUAAAAAGACAAAUCCAAAGGACCAAUCCAUAAACAUGAACUCUGAGUGGAAAAGUAUGUUUGGUUCCAAUGAGUCAGAUUCAUCCUCAAAUAGUUUGUCUCCAAAAGCUCGGACCCUCCAGAGAACUGCCGAGAGCCUUGAGAGGAAACUAAAUACUUCACAGACCCUGAGUCAGACAUCUUCAUCAUCUGGAAGCUUUGUUACAAUGUCACAGAGUCAGGUGUCAUCUGAGGGGUCAGUUAGGUCCCUGACAGAGAAAAGCACCGACAAAAAUCCCACCACAAAAUAUCAUCCCUGUAAGAUAGCCUUGAGAAACAUUGUCCACAAGAAGCGCGAGUUGUAUACGGCCGAGUCUAAAGACUUACUCGAGAUAGCCUGGGAGAGGAGACCCCCACCCAGUAACUGGAAACCCAAGGGGCUACUGGUGACCCACCUCCAGGAACACAGGGCUGCAGUCAACAGGAUUCAAGUUUCUCAAGACCAUGCAUUCUUUGCCACGGCCUCUAAUGAUGGAACAGUCAAAUUAUGGGAGUCUGAAAAAUUGGAGGGAAACAGUGUUGCUAACCGCUCUAAACAGACCCUGAAGAAUACUUCUGUACCUGGAGAGAAAGUGAAAGGUUUAGUUUUCUGUGAAGCCCAUGGAUCCGCUCUUUCACUGGCCACAUUCACCGACAUGGGGGCAAUCAACAUUUACAAGAUAGAGACAGGGAAAGCCACCUGGAACAAGGCUAUUAAUGUUGACAAGUCAGACUAUGGAAACAUUGUAGAUCUCACAUACUUUGAUACAGGUGCCCAGUCUGUUUUAUCAUAUGCCACAGUCAAUGGAUUCCUAGUGGGACAUGAUCUCCGCUCUAACAAGGAAGUCUGGAAACUCAGAAACGACCCAAAGUCAGGUUUGAUCACCUCCUUUGCUGUACACCACUCCCAGUGUUGGUUGGCUGUGGGGACCAGUAGUGGGACACAUGUCUGUUGGGACAUGAGGUUUCAGCUUCCUAUCAACUCCAUUGUUCAUCCUACAGGUGCCCGAGUAAGGAGGUUGAUCAUGCACCCCCAGGAGCAGUCCUGGCUGAUCUCAGCCACCCAAGGAAAUAAUGAAGUGUCCAUAUGGGAUGUAGAGACAGGGGCCAGACAAAAAGCCCUGUGGGCAAGUCCUACACCCACCCUUAGUCUUAAUCAGGCUAGUCACCAUUCUGUGUAUGGGUUACACAUCGCUGUGACAGACACCAAUGUGUUUAUGUUGACGGGAGGGUCAGACAUGAGGGCCCGGUUCUGGGACAUCUCCUACCCCGCCAACUCCUUUAUCCUGGCAGGGGCUGCCAGUGAUCCUGUACAACAGACAGGAGUCAACUACAGAGCAAAACUUGUAGAUGGGGUGGAAGUGAUUCAGGAAUUCUACACAAAGAAACAAGUAACUAGUGAAGAUAACCCGCGGAGGGGCCCCGAGGCCCCACCACAGGGGCACCGUGAUAUUAUUAGUGACAUUAACCUGUGUCAGACCUCUCAGUGUCUUGUGAUCACGGGUUCCAGGGACGGAGUUGUCAAAGUGUGGAAGUGAUUGUAUAGUAAACAAUUUUAUGCUUGUCAUGCCGAAAUAGGCUCGUCAAGCUGGAAUACCUUGUCUGUGAUUCUCUAAACAGUAUGUGAGUUUGAAAAGAUGACUGUGGACCUGUUAAUCAAAACUUUAAAGACAAUGUUUAUAAAAAAUUGUCUUUUACUUGUGAUAAUCUUAAUUUAUCAUGGAAGAAAAACUACACAUGUAGUUGGCCAUAUUGGCAAAAUUGUGCAAUACUUGAUAUACAGUCAUAAAGAAAAGAAAAACAUGUACUAAAAUUUU